CACCGGUUCACGUUCAUCAAUUGCAAAACCUUGCGAUCGUUUAACAGCCCACCUUAUUGUCACGUAUUCCUUCUGCCACGGACAUUUCGCCCCUCACAUCUACCCUCCUUUUCCGGAGGCUCGUGACAUGCACCAUACACCCAUUGAGGCAGCCCCGUUGCGGUAAAAUCACAGCUGCACUCUUGUUUUAUCGCCGUCAUUCCGUCAUGGAGGUAGAACGUGCAGAUACAUCUUCCUCGUCGACCACCGGUCUCAAACGGCUUCAGGAGGAACAGCCCGACUCUUCUGCCUCUCCCAAACGCUUUAAAAUGGAGGAGGAGGAACAAAUGCAGACGGACGCUGCGCCUGUUGGGGGAAACGAUAGAACAAAGGAUGGUGGCGGAGCGGCGAAGCCGAAAGGCGGCAAGCAGCGCGCCCCCAACCAGAAGAAAGAUCAGACGUACUGGCGAAAGGGAACGCACCCCGAAGGAUCAGAGUCGAGAAAUAGCGAAGAACCGAAGGCUCCGCGGUUGCCCAAGCGGCACUGUGCGCUGCUCAUCGGCUUCUGUGGCUCAGGCUUCAAUGGGAUGCAAAUACAGCCUGAUCCAAAGUUGCGGACGAUCGAGGGCGUCUUGUUCGACACCCUCGUGAAAGUGGGAGCCGUGUCCCAGGAUAAUGCAGAUAACUCAGGCAAGGUGAAACUGGGUCGCGCUGCACGAACGGACGCUGGCGUGCACGCCGCAGGCAACGUCGUGUCCAUGAUGCUUAUUACCGCCAUCCCAAACUUGGUGGCGCGAAUGAACGAGGAGCUCCCUCCUGAGAUUCGCCUUUGGAACAUCCUUCGUGUGCAAAAGUCGUUCGAUGCGAGAAGCACUUGCGACAGCCGCAAGUACACCUACUUCUUCCCAUCCUACCUCAUGAUCCCCUCGAAGCCGGGGAGCUCUCUGCAUCAAACAUUGCAACAAAACGGCACAGAACAGGCGCCGCACCCUUUCUGGACAGACAGCAAAGCCGAGACCACCGUGAAAGACGAUCUGCGAAGAAAGCGAGUAUACAGGAUGCCUCCGGAGCUUGUCGAGAGACUACGUGUGGCGGCGAAGAAGUUUGAAAAAUCACACAACUUCCACAACUUCACAGUCAGGCGUGAUUUCCGCGAUCGAAGCUGCAUGCGACAUAUUCUGAGCGUGCAGGUGGCUGACCCUGUGGUCUAUGGUGAUACGGAAUGGGUCAGCGUGUUGUUCCAUGGACAGAGCUUCAUGCUACAUCAGAUUCGGAAGAUGAUGUCUGCUUUGGUGCUUGCAAGUCGAACAGGAUCGCCGCCUCAGAUUAUUGAGGAGCUUUAUGGGCCACGGAUGGUCUUCAUGCCGAAGAUGCCUGCGCUCGGCCUUCUGCUCGAAUACCCUAUAUUUGACACGUAUACCAAGAAAAUAGCCAUCGCGAAUGCGAAAUAUCAGCCUGCCGACCCGGAGUAUCGGCCAUCAAUCGAUUUUGAGGUCCAUCGGGAAGCAAUCGACCAGUUCAAACGAGACUACAUCUACUCGCGAAUGCGUGGCAUUGAAGAUGCUGAGGGAGUGUUCGAUGCAUGGAUCCGUUCCGUGGACGCUUACGCGGGCAACGAUCUCUUAUAUUUGAAUUCGAAGGGAGUCAUCCCCUCCGCAGCCGUCAUCAAAAAGGGCGAGCGCAGGGCGAAUCCGUUCAAAGAGCGCAAGCGGUUCGACGCCACAACGUUCGCUGACCGGAGCGCCGAUGACAAGAUAGACAUCUCUGAAGAGGAGGCGGAGGAGGAGGGCGAAGAAAUGUCGCUGGACAAGGCACAGCUGGACGAGAUGGAUGGCUGAGUGUUAAUAGUACUGAUAUGUGAGACGCUGUGUUACUAAAGCUAUCCGCCGCCACCGCACUGACUUGCUACUCAUCACCGGACCGGUUUAAUGCUCUUGAGGAAUUCGCAUGCAUCGGCCUCCUAUGCCAACAUGACCAACGCCACAGCGUAUCCGUCGACGCAAGAAGCGUUAAAAACUUCCGCUAUCAAGAGACUAUCUGAUUCUAAGGCUGGCAGCCUAACAACAGCCACAGUCGGAGCGCCGUCUCCACACGAGUCAAGUUUCCCCAAACGUCGCUUCGGUGAUGUUCUCAUCUCCUCAGCGGUUGCAACAUCCGGUGCCCAAUGGCAUUCCCCCGAGAUGGGGGCGGUACGCGGAAGCACCCGUAAUGCUGGAUUGAUUAGACACAAUGAUUCGGGAUGAUAAUUCUCAGUCCUACGCCCCUGCCGUCCGAG